GAUAUUUCAUGAACAUAUCAACAAAGAGUAUUUGAAAAAAAUAUUAUAAUGAGUAGUUUUCCCCUCGUGUUUUGUAUUGUUGUUAGCUGUUGGGCUAACCGUUUUUCUGAGGAGUAACAACGUUAACUUGGGUCGCUCAGUAUCUUGCCAAAAACUUUUUUCUACGAUUGAUAUGUUUAAGUUUAAAUCUUGCAUUUUUGGUUGCUUGAUUCCUGUCGGUUAACAUGCUGCGUAUUGUGUUGUAAAUUGUAGUUCAUUCAGCAAACAACUCUUUAUUUAGAGAAAUUAAAGCGUCCGAUGGGUCGAGGAAAUAUCAGCAUCAACAUGACUGGAGACACUGAUCUUGAGAUUGAAGAAGCUUUCAGGCGUGCACAGAAGGCUCACAAUAACAAGGCCAAGCUUGCUGCCAGUUUGAAGAACGGAUAUAUUAAGUUGGAGGAUAAGAAUGAAUUCCACGAGGAGUUCAUCCGCUGUCUGAAGUAUGCCAUGAUUAUUUACACCCGUGAGCCGGCCGUGGAGAAUGUCAUUGAUUUCGUUACAAAGUUUGCCGCUUGUUUUGAGACGCCUGUAAAUGAGGAGGCUGAAGAAGAAGAUGAGGAGGAGGAGGAAGAUGAGAAUGAAUUUUUGAACUUCCUGUUUAACUUCCUGUUGGAGUCUCAUUGUGCAAACAGUCAUGCGGUACGGUUUCGUGUGUGUCAGCUGGUGAAUAAGUUGCUGGGCAGUCUGAGUGAAAAUGCACAGAUAGACGAUGAUCUGUGCGAUAGGAUACAUGAGGCUAUGCUGGUCAGAGUCACAGACAAAUACCCCAAUGUCAGGAUACAGGCAGCACUAGCAAUGGCCCGGCUUCAGGACCCCAAUAACCCAGAUUGCCCGACUAUUAAAGCAUAUAUGCUGCUACUGGAAAAUGACUCGAACCCUGAGGUUCGACGGGCUGUGCUUUCAUGCAUUGCUCCCUCAGCCGUCACACUCUCUAAAAUCUACAAACGCACCAGGGACGUCAAAGAGAAAGUCAGGAAACUUGCAUAUCAGGUGCUUGCGGAGAAAGUGCAUAUUCGAGCUCUGUCCAUUGCUCAGAGAGUCAGUCUACUGCAUGAAGGCCUCAAUGACUCUGCAGACUCAGUUAAGGAGGUUGUUAAGACCCAUUUGCUGCCUGCGUGGCUUCGCCUGCUGCAGGGAGACGUGUUGCAGAUGCUGCACAAACUGGAUGUGGAAAAUUGCGCAGAGACUGCGGUGACCACACUUCAUGCCAUCUUCUCAAUGGUAACAAGUUCUGAUGAGCUCCUGCAGAAUGCUGCCGGGUUGGAUGAGAGGAAGCUUAUUCCUGUGGACUCACUUACAUGUGAAAAUGUGUUGUACUGGAGAGCAUUGUGUGAGUUUGUCAAGAGUAAAGGAGAUGAGGGAGAGGAAAUACUGGAGCAGAUACUUCCUGAAGCAGCAAUCUUUGCAGAAUAUCUCUACAGUUUUCUGAAGAGCAUUACUCAGCUUUCAGAGGAGCAGAGAGCUGAUAUGACGCAGCUUGAGGUGGUGAUGACCCAGGAGUUUGUUGGACAGCAGUUGAUUCUGCUAGUUGGGUGUUUGGACACCUCUGAGGAGGGUGGCAGGAAACGCAUGGUGGCAGUGCUAAAAGAGAUUCUUGUGCUGCCCAACACUCCCACCUCACUGAUUGGUCUGCUGGUUGAAAAACUGAUUGGCAUAUUACGAGACGACACAAAGAAAAUUCAUGUGGUGGCUGAAAUAAUCUCUGACGUGAGAGAGCCCAUCCUGCCCAUUGCUGAGCCAGUAGAUGAGAACGAGAAACGCAAGAAACAAGUGAAACUGGCUGAGUUGCGAGUGCAGAUAAUGGAAGCAAAGCAGAGUCUAGAAGAGUGCAUCAGCUGUCAGGAUUUCAGUCGUGCGGCAGAGCUAAAGGACUCAAUCUCUCAGCUGGAGGAGCUCAAGAAUCAGCUUGCCCUGGAAGCCUCACAGUCAACUGAUAAUGUCAAGGAGCAGCGGGUGGAAAAGAGUGAUCCAGAGACUCUGUUAAAAUGUCUGAUGAUGUGUGCCGAGUUGUUCAAGCAAAUGAGCAUCAAGAGAGGGAUCUGCCCUACCAUGACUGCUCUAAUAGAGUCACUGAUAUUGCCAAGUGUGUCGAACCCUAACCCUGCUGUUCGUAACAUGGCGAUUGUCUGCUUGGGAACUGCUGCUCUUCACAGCAAAGACUUUGCCAACACACACCUUGUGCUGCUUUUGCAGAUCACACAACUAGAUGAGCCUAAAAUCAGGAUCAGUGCUCUUAGAGCUCUCAUUGAUCAGCUUCUGCUCAAUGGCCUUAACAUCCUGCAAGACAAGCCGGCCCUUCCUGCAUCACAGUCACCCGACUCUCCGGAUAACAGUAAUGGAAAUCCUAAGCAAUUAGCUAAAGAUGAGGUGGAGAGUACCGUGCAGAGCAUUCUGAAGAUGCUUUCAGAAUUUCUUGAUAGCGAGAUCUGUGAACUUCGCACUGAAACGGCAGAGGGUCUAGCAAAGCUAAUGUACUGUGGCAGAAUCGUAAGUCCGAAGCUGCUCUCCCGACUGGUGCUGUUGUGGUAUAAUCCUGUAACUGAGGAUGAUCAGAGACUACGCCAUUGCCUGGGGGUUUUCUUACAGAUUUAUGCCCGGGCGAGCAGAGCAAAUCAAGAAUGUGUUGAAGAGAGCUUCCUGUUGACCAUGAGGACACUCUUCAAUGCUCCUGUGACGUCUCCUUUAUCUGAGGUGGACACUUCCAACGUGGCUGAGCUUUACGUCGAGUUAACACGACCUAGUGCUCUUUUGCAACCUGCUGCUGUACAGGGGGCAUCUGUGCACGACUCUCUGGCAGUGCGAGUUUGUAAUGAGAUCUUGAGGGAUGUCAAAGCACCUGAAGUGCGUCUUUACUGUAAGACCCUGAGCUGGCUGGAGCUUACCACUGAACCAGGACCCGCCACCAAUGAAUUGCAGCUUUUAUUAAAAGACAUUUUACAGGAAGUAAAAGAUAAAUACUGUAUAAGGGUUAUUGAAAAGCUACGUAACCAGCUUAAUGGAGAUCCCUGCACUAAAUCAGCCAGUAACCAGGACACAACUUUGCUUGCCCUGGAUGACAACACUGAAGAGACUGUGAUAAAAGAUGAGACUAAACCUAAACGUGCUAAAAGAGGCCAGAAGAAAGCAUCCACUGCCAAAAAUGGUAGGAAAACUAGUAAAGCAGAUCUAUCCUCUGAUGAAAGUGAUGAAGAGAAUGUUCCUGAAGCCCCUCCAUCAGUGCGACCCACUCGACGUGCCAAGAUGGCUGCUUUGGAUAAAACCAAGCAGGAUUUAACGGCUCUCAUCAACCAAGAAGCCAAUGGUUCCUAAAUCAGAUUAUAUGAUUGUAAAGAUCAUAAAGAUGCUUUUCAUUGUAUUCAUCAUAUGACUUCUAAAUUGUAUAAAUCAGCAGUUCAAUAUAAUUUUUUUUGCCAUUAUUGUGACUCCUCACAUGCAUAUUUGGGAUCUUGAUAAUAGUUUUAAACAUGCAUCAGCUGCAAUACUUAUGUCAUUUGUUAAUAUCUCUGUGUAACAUUUUUUUUGUAUCUGUAGUUUAAAAAGUCAGAAGUAUGGUUACUAUGCUUAACCACUUGUUUAAUGAACUUAUUUCUGCUAUUUUAAACCAGUAUUUGUAAA